UUGUUGAAUGCUCAUCCUUAAAAUCACAAUUUAGAAAGAGUCCAGGUCAUGCUCACACUUUGCUCUAAACUUUACCUUAUCAUUUGCAAGUAUUGUUAGUUGCCAUUUGCAAAAUGGCUGUUCAACAGAGACUGGAAGAUUCCACAAUGCAACCAUAUCGUCCUGCACCAACAUUCACAUUGGACUCACAGUCAUUCUCCACCAAGAAGGAGAGAAAAACUCCUCGUCACUCAGCACCUCCCAAACCUCCCGCCAAGAGCUGCCCUGUUACUAGGAUAUUCACGCACCGACAGCCAACACACAGCGCUCCCGUGCCUGUGUCAUUCAGACCUCAUGUAGAAAAAUCUUUUAUUGCUGAAAGUCCAAUAUAUAAUGCGCAGCACAGCAAGUCUUAUUUCGAGCAAUGCUAUGAGAUUGAAGAUAAACUUGGAAAAGGCUCCUUUGGUGAAGUCUACAGAGUUCGCUGCAAAGAAAGUGGCAAAGUUUAUGCUUGCAAGAAAACCAUCUUGAAGUUUCGGGGAGAUUCAGACAGGAGACGUAGACUGGCAGAGGUUGCCAAGCAUGAGAAGCUCCCCAAGCAUGCUAAUUGCGUGGAGUUCCAUCGGGCCUGGGAGGAGCAUCAGCAUCUCUUUAUUCUCACAGAAGUCUGCCAGAAAUCCUUGGCAUCUUUGUCUGAAGAGUCUCCUGGCUGCCUACCUCAAGACAAAGUCUGGAAGUAUGCACUGCAUCUUCUGCAGGCAAUUGAUCAUCUUCACCGUCACUCCCUGGUUCACAUGGACAUCAAACCUGAAAACAUUUUCCUAAGUCAUGACGGUACAUGCAAGUUGGGGGAUUUUGGCUUGAUGUUUGACAUGUCAAAGGAUAACAUGAGUGAAGCCAUUGAAGGAGACCCCAAGUACAUGGCGCCUGAAUGUUUGAUGUCUCAGUUCAGCCCCGCGGCAGACAUGUUCUCGCUGGGCAUCACACUACUGGAGCUCGCCCUCGACCUGGACCUGCCCACGCAGGGCAGCAUGUGGCAGAGCCUCAGGCAGGGCGUCCUGCCUUCUUCCUUCUCUGAGCUGUCACCGAGCCUACAGGAGUUGUUGCUGGGUCUGUUGGAGCCUGAACCUAAGAAGCGCCUAACCGCAGCCCAAGCGCUGCUACUGCCGCGCCUCAGACGCCUCAGCAGACAGCAGCGCUGCCUCAGCAUCAUCAAGGCUGGCGUGAGAAGACUGCAGGCGCUGUGGAGUGCAGUACUGGCAUGUUUGGUGUACGUCGUGUCGCCCGUGACGACGCGUGUGCAGGAGCGAGCUCGUCUCUUCCACAAGCUCCUCAGCGACACUCGUGACGCAGCUCAGCCUUCGCUACCUGCUACGCCUCCCAACCAUAAGGCCGACCUCUCCCGUGACAGCUUCUCCUCUACCCCUUCCCGAGACGGGAGCUUCUCUGCUCACUGUUCCAAUGCUGAUCUGAUUCGGCCGUUCCGCGCCGUGGAUCGACAGCUGAGCUCCACUCCCUCCCACCACGAUACCUUCACUUGCUCAGGGCCUUUGAGUUACAGUGAUCGAAACCUGGCAUCAAGCGGCGUUGCUGGUUUCGGACGUCGCCCCCUUCCUUCAUUACCUAUUGCACUAAACUUGAACAUGUCCGUGAGCGAUCAUUCUAGUCUAAACCAAAGUGGAUCUCGUCUUGCUUCAGAAAUUGAUUGCGGCACCCCGUGUUCUUCGCGACAACGAUCUCCGCCGCCGCCUAUACAUUCCCGUGUGCAGGAAACUGAACCCCAGCAUAAACUGUCGGACCUCCAAGGUUCUCCCAAUCAAUCACAAUGCAAGAAUGAUCCUCCAACUCCCUUCGCAACCACAAGCGCAACGCCUCGUCUGAACUGCGCUGCUGACAAUUAUACCAAUUGCCUCUAUCAGGGAAGAAGUUUAGCGCCUCCAACUCCUCAGAUUUCAUUCAUUGUGCCUGCCACGCCUCAAAGCUCUAGAUGUACACGAUUAUCUUCGGCCCAUCAGGUUCCUGUUAUGGGCACUCCAACUUCGCAAACGUUGCCUCGUCGACUAUUUAUGCCCUCUGGAUUGCGGCAAAGAAGUGGAUAUUCCUCGCUGAAUACUUCACCUGUUCUUGGGCAGCCAAUCUCGCGAAGGUCUUCGGUCUUGUCUGAAGACUCAGUUGGCAGUAACACAACUAAUGGCUGCACCUCUCGCAACUUAAUGGACUUGUUUAGUCAAGUGGACUGUUCCGAUUCCGAAUGAAAUAGUUGAAAUGGUUUACCCGAUUGCUUCAUUGCAUAUGUGCCUUCUGUGUCCAGGCUCUUUGAUGAUGCAUGCAGCUUCGUUCUGGGAAGCAACCCCGUCCUAAUUAUGUAUUUAUCAUUGUGUUUUAUUAAAGAUUUAUGACGUUGCUGAAAUCUAUUUUUACAGAUUUAGCCCGGUACUAAUCAUAGCUACAAGAAUAGAUUAGCUGACAUCUUGGGCUCUGUGUUGAAUUCAGGAGUUUGCUUUCAGUCAUUACAAAAUGGUGUAUGGCUCGGGAAGCCAAUGUGUUUCUGAUUAUUACCGUGCUACCAGCUUUUCGCGUAUUGUUCAUCAAACAUUGAUAUCUAGAAGAACUGAGGUUUCCUACUCGUAACAGUUCGUUUAUCCGCUCUCGACGUAAAGGCGAACCUAGUUUAGUUUUAGAUGUGGGUUGAUCUAGUGCAUCUCCUCGUUAUAAUGUACUUUGAUAUUGCAAUAUUUUUCAUUGUAGUAUUUAAUUAAUGUACUCAUGCCAAGGAGAUGUAGGCUCUGCUUUUAAAAUAAGAUUGUUACGUUGUAAAUGUCUUGUUAUUCUUUAUUUGGCUCGAUAAUGUAAAGGACUGGGAACGUGUGGGCAGCCUUUCAAGAAUAUUUCAUGCCACGUUCUCUGAAGGUAUCGUAUUCAUAGCUAGUGUUAUCGGCGCAACGUGCAACUUCUGUCUCGUUGACGAGCUUGCAAUUAUCCUUGCCUUGUAUCAAUGAGCAUAGCUUUUUCUUCAUGUUCUGCGUUUUAAUUUAGAGUUCAGAUUGUUGGCCCUCAUUGUGGCUAGCAUUUCGACUUCAUUUAAAUGCUGUCAUUCGCCACCUGAUUAUUUAACUAAUUAUUCUUUUAUGCAAGCCUACUCUCAAAUAAGGCCUGCAACAAACGGCAUGAAAAAAAACCUUCAUUUUGGCUUUUCUGAACGUUUAUUACGAAAUUCGUCACCAGCAAUGUUGGUGUGAGAAAAGUCUUUUUACUGUCAAAUUAUAUGACGAAUUAUUCCUAAGCAAUGUCAUCAUAAACGAAAUGGAGGGUCGUUGAGAUCUGAAUGUAUUUAAAAGUUUGUUUUUUUGUGUUUAUCUCGCAGCUUUAGGUUGUGCGUGCUUUAUCUGGUUUUCACGUCCCAUUACGAUGAUCAGUAAAAAAUAACGACUCUGAUUUAUUAGAUGAUCAUCUACUACGGAAAGCUCUGGAACUUUUUUUAAUAAAUGCAUUAAACAAUGGCUUUGA